UAAUCGUUCGGGUAAAUCCAGGCGUUCAGCCAUAUCAUAAACUCGGCACAGGACCGAUUUUUCCCCGACACCAGCAUCCACCGUAGAAGACAGCCCUUAAACAUAACCUUAGAGUGUAAGCCCAAGUGGAGGAAGGUGAAGUGCGGCUAUAAUGGGUGUAUAUAGCAAAAGCGGAAUGGUUGAGUGUUUUUCUGUCGGUUUUCACUGAUCGUUGCUGAUUCUGGUAGAAAUCAACGCAUUUCUUCGCAUCUCGGGGCUUUUCUAUGGUGUUCUUCGUCCUCUAGAGUUUAGUCUGGAUUUUCAGAGGAGCCAAUUCAGUGGGAUCACGUUGUGACAAACCAGAGCUCCGACAAUGUCCGGGGCCUCAGUGAAAGUUGCUGUCAGGGUUCGCCCCUUCAACUCAAGGGAGACCAGCAAAGAAUCAAAAUGCAUUAUUCAAAUGCAAGGAAACUCCACCACUAUUUUGAAUCCCAAAAACCCAAAAGAAGCACCAAAGUCCUUCAGCUUCGAUUACUCUUACUGGUCACAUACUACGCUGGACGACCCAAGCUUCGCGUCCCAGAGCCGCGUGUACAACGACAUCGGCAAGGAGAUGCUACAGCAUGCAUUCGAGGGCUACAACGUUUGCAUCUUUGCCUACGGCCAGACUGGUGCUGGCAAGUCCUACACCAUGAUGGGCAAACAGGAGGAAGGGCAGGAAGGCAUCAUCCCUCAGCUCUGCGAAGAACUCUUUGAGAAAAUCAACGACAGCACCGACGAAGAUCUCUCGUACUCUGUGGAGGUCGCGUACAUGGAGAUUUACUGCGAGCGGGUGCGGGACCUGCUCAACCCCAAGAACAAGGGGAACCUGCGUGUGAGGGAGCACCCCUUGCUUGGGCCGUACGUCGAGGAUCUGUCCAAGCUGGCCGUGACCUCGUACACGGACAUCGCUGACCUCAUGGACGCCGGUAACAAGGCCAGGACUGUUGCCGCCACCAACAUGAACGAGACCAGUAGCCGCUCCCACGCCGUCUUCACCAUCGUCUUCACCCAGAAGAAGCACGACAGCGAGACAGACCUGUCCACGGAGAAGGUCAGCAAAAUCAGCCUGGUGGACCUGGCAGGCAGCGAGCGUGCCGACUCGACCGGCGCCAAGGGCACGCGGCUGAAGGAGGGUGCGAACAUCAACAAGUCCUUGACUACCCUGGGAAAGGUGAUCUCUGCGCUGGCUGAGGUGGAUAACUGUACCAGCAAGAGCAAGAAGAAAAAGAAGACAGACUUCAUUCCUUACAGGGACUCUGUGUUGACGUGGCUUCUGAGAGAGAAUUUAGGUGGAAACUCGCGCACAGCUAUGGUGGCUGCCCUGAGUCCUGCUGACAUUAACUAUGAUGAGACCCUGAGCACCCUGAGGUACGCAGACCGAGCCAAGCAGAUCAAGUGCAACGCCGUGAUCAACGAGGACCCCAACGCCAAGCUGGUGCGUGAGCUGAAGGACGAGGUGUCUCGUCUAAAGGAGCUGCUCCGAGCCCAGGGCCUCGGUGACAUCCUGGACAUCGAGCCAAUGGGGGAUGAUUACCCUGGAAGUGAAAGCAAAUACCUGAAAGACAUUCACAACAGUAAACAUAGAUACUUGCUAGCCUCAGAGAACCAACGGCCUGGCCAUCUCUCCACAGCGCCGAUGGGCUGCCUGACGGCGUCUCCGUCCUCCAGCUCCCUGUGCAGCCAGGCUGGCCUGCAGUCUGUCUCCAGCAUCCAGGAGCGUAUCAUGUCCACGCCCGGCGGAGAGGAGGCCAUCGAGAGGCUCAAGGAGUCGGAGAAGAUCAUAGCCGAGCUGAACGAGACCUGGGAAGAGAAGCUGAGGAAGACUGAGGCCAUCCGCAUGGAGCGGGAGGCUCUGCUGGCAGAGAUGGGCGUAGCCAUUCGCGAGGACGGUGGAACCCUGGGCGUCUUCUCUCCUAAAAAGACUCCUCACCUUGUUAACCUGAAUGAGGAUCCUCUCAUGUCGGAAUGUCUGCUGUACUACAUCAAAGACGGACUCACAAGGGUGGGCCAGGCGGAGGCGGGAAGGAGGCAGGACAUCGUCCUGAGUGGAGCGCACAUCAGAGAGGAGCACUGCAUCUUCUGCAGCGAGAGAAACGAGAACAGAGACGUAAUCGUUACACUGGUGCCGUGCGAGGGAUCGGAGACCUACGUGAACGGCAAGCGUGUGACUGCUGCUGUUCAGCUGCGCUCAGGCAACCGCAUCAUCAUGGGAAAGAACCACGUGUUCCGUUUUAACCACCCCGAGCAGGCCCGCGCUGAGCGCGAGAAGACCCCGUCGGCCGAGACCCCCGUGGAACCCGUAGACUGGACGUUUGCCCAGCGGGAACUGCUGGAGAAGCAGGGCAUCGACAUGAAACAGGAGAUGGAGAAGAGGCUUACUGAGAUGGAAAUCCUUUAUAAGAAGGAGAAAGAAGAAGCUGAUCAGCUACUGGAGCAACAGAGACUGGUGUAUGAGACCAAGCUCCAGGAGUUGCAGAAACAGGUAGAGACUCGCUCCCUGAUCGCAGAAACUCCAGAUGAAGAGGAAGAAGAAGAGGAAGUAGAUGAAGUGCCGUGGACGCAGCAUGAGUUUGAGCUGGCUCAGUGGGCGUUCAGAAAAUGGAGGUACCAUCAGUUCACCUCGUUAAGAGACCAGCUGUGGGGAAAUGCUGUGUACCUGAAGGAGGCCAACGCCAUCAGCGUGGAGCUCAAGAAAAAGGUCCAGUUCCAGUUCGUGCUUCUGACGGACACGUUGUACUCCCCACUCCCCCCGGAGCUGCUCCCUCCCGAGCCGGAGAAGGAGCGCGAGCCACGGCCUUUUCCCCGGACCGUGGUGGCCGUGGAGGUCCAGGACCUGAAGAAUGGAGCCACUCACUACUGGUCCCUGGAGAAGCUCAAGCAGAGGCUGGAACAGAUGCGUGAGAUGUAUGACCGUGCUGGUGAAAUGGCCUCCUCCAAUCCAGAGGGCAGCGAGGGGUCCCUGACUGGCAGUGACCCCUUCUAUGACCGUUUCCACUGGUUCAAACUGGUUGGGAGCUCGCCCAUCUUCCAAGGCUGCGUGAACGAGCACCUGGCCGACCGCACGCCUUCGCCCACCUUCUCCACGGCCGAUUCGGACGUCACCGAGUUGGCCGAUGAGAGGCAGAGUGAGAUGGAGGACCUUGUGGAUGACGAGGCCUUUGUGGACGACACCAGCUCAGACGCCGGCACCGAAGAGGGCUCGGACAUCUUUGGUGAUGGCCACGACCCCUUCUACGACCGCUCACCCUGGUUCACGCUCGUGGGAAGAGCUUUCGUGUACCUGAGUAACCUGCUGUUCUCGGUGCCCUUGGUGCAUCGUGUUGCCAUAGUGACGGAGAAGGGCGAGGUGCGCGGGUUCCUCCGUGUGGGGGUCCAGGCCAUUGCAGCCGAUGAAGAAGCACCAGAUUAUGGCUCCGGUGUCCGGCAGUCUGGCACUGCCAAGAUAUCCUUUGACGACGAGUAUUUCAAAAAGAGUGAUUUCACUUCAGUGGCCAUGACCCGUUCUGGCCUCUCUUUGGAGGAGUUGCGUAUUGUGGAAGGCCAAGGUCAAAGUUCAGAGGUCAUCACCCCCUCAGAGGAAAUUAACAGAAUAAACAACAUGGACGUGACCCUGGGUGGAGUGGAGUCUAAGCUGGACAUCAGCGAUGGUCUGCCCAGCCAGCUGGAGGUGGGCAGCGUCUUCACCUUCCGCGUCACUGUGCUGCAGGCUUCCGGAGUGUCGCCCGAGUAUGCCGACAUCUUCUGCCAAUUCAACUUCCUCCACCGCCACGAUGAGGCGUUCAGCACGGAGCCGCUGAAGAACUCUGGGAAAGGUGCACCACUGGGUUUCUACCACGUGCAGAACAUUUCCGUGGAGGUGACGGAGUCCUUUAUCGAGUAUAUUAAGGCCAAGCCCAUUGUGUUUGAAGUGUUCGGUCAUUACCAGUUCCAUCCUCUAUACCAUCAUGUAGAGAAUCUGCCAAGCCUCCCCCAAUCUUCUAGGAAAUACUACCCCCCCGCUAUGCCUUUGUCUAAACCAGUGCCAGCCACCAAACUGAACGCCAUUAGCAAGUCUAACCUGGGCCAAUGUGUGAGCAAGUACGACCUCCUGGCCUGGUUUGAGAUCAGUGAGCUGGAGCCAACCGGAGAGUAUAUCCCAGCAGUAGUGGACCACACAGGAGGCAUGCCGUGCCAGGGUACUUACCUGCUGCACCAGGGCAUCCAGCGUCGGAUCACCGUCACACUCAUCCACGAGAAGGGCAGCGAACUCCACUGGAAGGACGUCAGGGAGCUGGUGGUCGGGCGUGUCAGGAGCAAGCUGGAGGCGGACGAAAUCGCCGCCGAUGCCGUGCUGUCUCUCAACAUCAUCUCAGCCAAGAACAUGAAGUCCUCCCACAACUCCAACAGGACGUUCUAUCGCUUUGAGGCCGUCUGGGACAGCUCUCUGCACAAUUCUCUUCUGCUCAACCGCGUCACACCUUACGGAGAGAAGAUUUACAUGACCUUGUCUGCAUACCUGGAGCUUGACCACUGCAUCCAGCCCGCCAUCAUCACCAAAGACAUCUGCAUGGUGUUCUACUCCAGAGAUGCUAAAAUCUCCCCACCACGCUCCCUGCGGAACCUGUUUGGUACUGGCUAUUCAAAGACCCCUGACUGCAACAGAGUGACCGGCAUCUACGAGCUCAGCUUGUGCAAGAUGGCUGACACAGGAAGCCCUGGAAUGCAGAGACGGAGACGGAAGGUUCUGGACACAUCGGUUGCGUACGUGCGUGGAGAAGAGAACCUGGCCGGCUGGAGGCCCCGGGGAGACAGCCUUAUUCUGGAGCACCAGUGCGAGUUGGAGAAGCUGGAACAGCUGCAUGAGGUGGAGAAGACCCGACACCUCCUGCUACUCCGAGAGAAGCUGGGCGAGUCCGUUCCUCUGAAGUCCCUGAGCGACCCUCUCUCACCCAGCCUGAGCAGCGGCACCCUCAGCACGUCCACCAGUAUCUCCUCGCAGAUCUCCUCCACCACGUUCGAGAGCGCCGUCACGCCAAGCGAGAGCAGUGGCUAUGACUCCACCGACAUCGAGAGCCUGGUGGACCGCGAAAAGGAACUGGCCACCAAGUGCCUGAGACUCCUGACCCACACCUUCAACAGCGACUACAGCCAGCUGUGCAACAGCAUCAGUGACUGCAAGCUGUCCGAUAUUUCGCCCAUGGGCCGCGAUCCGUCCGUCACCAGCCUCAGCAGUGCCACCCUCACGCCCUCCUCCACCUGCCCCUCACUGGUGGACCAGAAGACUCCUGAGGCCAACUCCUGCGCCUCCAGCCCCUUGUGUUCUGAGUACGAGAACUUCCCCAUUGUGCCCCCCUUGGAGAUGUCCUACCUGGCACGUGCUGGCAAGCACGAGUUCCUCAACCUGGUACCCGACAUCGAGGAGAUGAGGUCUGGGUCUGUGGUUUCUAAGAAGGGAUUCCUCAGCUUCAUGGAGCCCCGCUCCAACUCCUGGGUGAAACACUUUGUGGUGGUGCGCCGGCCGUACGUCUUCAUCUACAACAGCGACAAGGACCCGGUGGAGAGGGGUGUGCUGAACCUGUCCACUGCACAGGUGGAGUACAGUGAGGAUCAGCAGGCCAUGCUCAAGACUCCCAACACGUUUGCUGUGUGCACCAAGCACAGAGGCAUCCUGCUCCAGGCCAACAACGACAAAGACCUGAACGACUGGCUGUAUGCCUUCAAUCCGCUGCUUGCAGGAACAAUAAGGUCGAAGCUGGCGAGAAGACGCUCUGGCUUGCUGAAGAACUGAUCAAGCCUAGCGGUGUGAAGACACAGUGCUCCCUUUUCUUCUGCCUAGCCCUUGAACAUGCCAUGUGUUAAAACUUAUUAAUCUUCGUGAUUCUUGAUGGUUUUCCCUUGUAUGUAGACCUGUGGCUUAAGUCUCUUCUCCAGCAAAUUUACUUUUGAGUUCCUGAACACACACGCCCCCCCGACGCCCGUUUUUCUCUCUGAGCCUUUUGCUGUUUCAUUGGGAUCCGUCUUUGCUUUUCAUUCUUUGUCAUAAUGGAACCUUCUAGUAGCAUGUCGUAAUGGUCUAUUUCUGUGUGCACGAUUCUUCAGAACAGUUUCUCUCCUUCCCUGAGUUCCUACUCGUCGUUAAAAGAUGUCUUCUUCAGUGUUAUCUGUUGAGUUUGGACGCGUUCUCCUGCAUGACCACAGCUGCAGUCCUCAGGAUAUGACCAGUUUGCUUACAAAGCUACACCAAGUACACAAGUGAACUUAGAUUAAAGACAACGGCAUACGACUCAGUAAAAGAAUAUGUAUUUCUCUCAUAGAAAAAGAAGGUUAGCUCAAUAGUUUUUAUGCUAGUAAGUAGAUCUCCUAACACCGGAAAAUAAUGAGACUUAGAAGGGCCAAAGCAUAUUCCUGAAAUAAAAUGUUACUCACUGUAACUAAAAGCUGGGUGAGGUUUCUCCUCCAUUUUGUGUAUUACCUUUGUACUGGACGAGUGAGUUGUUGGAGGAGGAGGAUGUAUGUUUGAGGUUGCUCCCGCGUUUCCCAGGACCUGGCACCAAUACACCCAUCAGGCUGUGCUUUAGGACAGUGUAUCUGCUUAGCAUAAACAAACUCUAUUUAGUAAAGGAGUAAAACGUGCACAAUUGUAAAGAAUAAUUACCAUGUAGCACUUGGGGAAGAUGUCCGGGAUAAAAGACAACAUUACUUUUCCUUCGUGGUGAGCUCAGCCGCUCCGUGUUCUUCAGAAAAUGUAACAUUAGAAAAGAGGAAAGGGGGAAGGGAAAAAAGACCAGACGCAGAAUCCCACAAAAAGAGACGGAGGCGAAGGCAUGUACUUUUCAGGAUGAAGGUGCUUGAUGCUUAAGAAACAAAGCAUUCCUUUUGCGCUGUGCCCACGUAACGUGUUACUUACUGCAAGACUACAGCUUUUAUUUCAGUUUAAGGGAUUCGACGGCCACAGGCUGACUGCUAGGCAGCCGGCUGUAGGAAAGGGUGAAUGGCGCUGACCUUGCAGACAGCUUUGUUAAGUAAUGAUCCACAUCUUCCAGUGAUCUGUCGGCCGUAGAACCCUUGAGUGUCGUGCUGUAAAGGUUGUCAGGUCUUGGCUCUCUCUCAGAAAACUGCUGCAAGACUGGGAACAAAUAUGAAUUCAUGAAUUUAAUGUUGAAAGCGAUUAUUGUUUUUGUAUUGUAUUCCCGUUGUCUUAACUUUAUUUCUAAAGAACCUCAUUUGAUAACGCUCAUUCCGUAACUUAUCUUUGCUAAAGACAAGGUUGUGUAAGAAGGGCUUUUUUUUUUCCUUUUUAUCCAGCUAAUAGUUUUGCACAUUAACAUGUCACAGAUACAGCUAAACCACUGAAGGAGAUUUUGGUCUCAGCACUGUCACUAAAAAAGUACUUUGUUUUAAAGGCUUGAGUGCAGUGAUGUUUCUUUUGUAUUUUGCAGUGUAAAGUGUAGGAAAGGGACAAUAUUCUGUUUCUUAAUUUAUUGUUAGGAAAAUAUUUGCUCUGUAUGUUUGAUUUGAAACCAGUAGCCAGGACUGGGGAUACGCAGGACUCCAGUGGCUCAGUCUCUGUCUUGCAUAGAACGGAUUUGUGUGAGAAUUUCGUGAACCUCUGGCCAACCAACCAGCAGGUUCUGUGCUCCACAUAUUGCCAAAAUAUACUCCACAUAUAGCCUGGAUUGUAAGGUUUGGUGCUUUAGAUGCAUUCCCAGUGCAGCAAAGUCAAAAUAGUGAGCACUCAAAGCAUUAGAUAGUCUCCCGUGUCUCAAUAUCCAUCUGAUGUCUUUUUCGCAGAUAACAAAUGAAAAUGGCCACAGUGGUCUCAUUCUCCGGUCAGCCAGCCUGAGCGACUUAAAUGGGAUUCUUUCUUUGGGCUAUUUGAUUGUUAUUGAAUCUGUUGAAAAUGAACAUGUAUGUAGCCUAAGAUUACAUGUACUGAAGGAGGAAAAAUGUAUAUUUUUUUCCCUGCACUUAUUCCACCAUAAUUAAGCAUAAAUGAGCUUGAAGCUAAAAUAGCAAAUAACCUGGUUUUCAAAAUCAUAACAGAGCAAAGGUUUUCAGUUUUGAGUUACAUCACUAAUGUAUAGACAUAUGCAUCGAUGAUAAAUUGUCUGUUAUUUUGCAAUGUAUAUAUUAAUUUGCAGCUCUUUGCACAUUACAAAUGGUUACGAUGACUAACAGAUCAAAUAAAGACUGGAGUGGAUAUCUGUUCUUUACUCAAACACCAACCAAAUGAUGGGGUAAAAUCUGAUGUCACGGUGUGUUGCAGGUUGAAGUGGACUUUGAAUGUACCUCUGGGAUUUCACUGACAAAUGCAUUCACUUAUGGGAAGGGUUUUAAAAAUCAUUUUCAAUAUAAUAUUUUUGAAUCAUGGUAGUGCUUCCCUUUUGCUUUUAUUUGCUUGAUAGUUCAACAACACUACUUCAAACGGUUUGGUCCAGGUCUGUAAUUAAGAGUUAUUAUGCAGGGAGGGCUACUGCUUAGAUUUCUUUUCUAAUAUCAGGGAAUAGUUGUUUUUUUAAGAGAUAUUCCAAAAUUAGUCAUUGCGUAUGCAUUUUUUGUUUGUUAGACUUUAUAGCUCAGCGUGUUUGCCCCCCCCCCC